GGGCCUACUGUGGCGGGAGGAGGGGCAGGGUUUCGACGGAGGGAAGAGUCUGGGAAGGUCUGGUUAGGGAGGAAUGAAGCCUCCGCCCUCCUGUGCAGAAGCCUUUAAAUACGGGCCCGGGCCCGGGACUCGGGGUGAGGUAAGAGGAGAUCUGGCGGAUCGCAGGAGUGCGGCCCAGAGGGAGGAGCUGUCCAGGCGGUCCGGAUAGGAGCAGAAGCCGCGCUCGGUGCUUGGUAAUGGGCCUUUCCCCCGCUGGCCCCGCCGCGAGGUCGGGAUAUUGAGGGGUUCCGUCAGCAUGUGGAGGGAGCGCAGCCGAGUAUAAUGAUGUUUGAAAUUAAGAAGAUCUGUUGCAUUGGUGCAGGCUAUGUUGGUGGACCCACAUGUAGUGUCAUAGCUCAGAUGUGCCCUGAAAUCAGGGUAACAGUUGUUGAUGUCAAUGAAUCAAGAAUUAAUGCAUGGAACUCUCCUACGCUUCCUAUUUAUGAGCCAGGACUAAAAGAAGUGGUAGAAUCUUGUCGAGGAAAAAACCUAUUUUUUUCUAUCAAUAUUGAUGAUGCCAUUAAAGAAGCUGAUCUUGUAUUUAUUUCUGUGAACACUCCAACCAAAACCUAUGGAAUGGGUAAAGGCCGCGCAGCAGAUUUAAAAUAUAUUGAAGCUUGUGCUAGACGCAUUGUGCAAAACUCACAUGGGUACAAAAUUGUGACUGAGAAAAGCACAGUUCCUGUGAGGGCAGCAGAAAGUAUUCGUCAAAUAUUUGAUGCAAACACGAAACCCAACUUGAAUUUACAGGUGCUGUCCAACCCUGAGUUCUUGGCUGAAGGAACGGCCAUCAAGGAUCUAAAGAACCCAGACAGAGUACUGAUUGGAGGGGAUGAAACCCCAGAAGGCCAGAUUGCUGUGCAGGCACUGUGUGCUGUGUAUGAGCACUGGGUUCCCAAAGAAAAGAUCCUCACUACCAAUACUUGGUCUUCAGAACUUUCCAAACUGGCAGCAAAUGCUUUUCUUGCCCAGAGAAUCAGCAGCAUUAACUCUAUAAGUGCACUCUGUGAAGCAACAGGAGCUGAUGUAGAAGAGGUGGCGACAGCCAUUGGAAUGGACCAGAGAAUUGGAAAUAAAUUUCUGAAAGCCAGUGUUGGUUUUGGCGGGAGCUGCUUUCAAAAAGAUGUUCUGAAUUUGGUUUAUCUCUGUGAGGCUCUGAAUCUGCCUGAAGUAGCUCAUUAUUGGCAGCAGGUGAUAGAUAUAAAUGACUACCAGAGAAGAAGGUUUGCUUCCCGGAUUAUAGACAGUCUUUUUAAUACAGUGACGGAUAAGAAGAUAGCUAUUUUGGGGUUUGCAUUCAAAAAGGACACUGGUGAUACGAGAGAAUCUUCUAGUAUAUAUAUUAGCAAAUAUUUGAUGGAUGAAGGUGCACACCUCCAUAUAUAUGAUCCAAAAGUACCAAGGGAACAAAUAGUUGUGGAUCUUUCUCAUCCAGGAGUUUCAGAGGAUGACCAAGUGUCCCGACUUGUGACCAUUUCUAAGGAUCCAUAUGAAGCAUGUGAUGGUGCCCAUGCUGUUGUUAUUUGCACUGAAUGGGACAUGUUUAAGGAAUUAGAUUAUGAACAUAUUCACAAAAAAAUGCUGAAGCCAGCCUUUAUUUUUGAUGGACGACGUGUCCUGGAUGGGCUCCACAAUGAACUACAAACCAUUGGCUUCCAGAUUGAAACAAUUGGCAAAAAGGUGUCUUCAAAGAGAAUUCCAUAUGCUCCUUCUAGUGAAAUUCCAAAAUUUAGUCUUCAAGAUCCACCUAACAAGAAACCCAAAGUAUAGACCUUACCAAUCUUUAUUUAUAAUUUUUUUAGUACUUCAGGAUAGAAAAUAUCCUUCUGAUAUUUAGUGGUAAAUGAACCAAGUAUUUUUAAGGAAACAAAACUAUUUUUUAAUAAUCAGUUUACAUUAGCUAUAUGGGAAUCAGCAUAUCUGGUAAUUAUGAAUCUAGAAUAUUUUUUACACAUUUUUAUAAUAUAGUUACCUCAGUGAUUGGAUGAGUGGCAAAUAAUCAUGUUGGUUUUAAUGGUGUCAAUUUUUGUAAAACAAAAAUUAAACUUUAAACACUUUUUACUUACAAAAUAUUCGUAGGCAGCACUUUAAUAUCACAUUGUAAAGGGAAAGGUACUCUUCAAUUUUUCUGAUCAUCAGUUUAUUUACUUGUCAUUAAAUAUGUAUUCUAAACCAUAAAAGGCUAACCCUGUUAACCUUUCAGAGAUUGUCACUUAGAGGUUUCUGGCUUAAUUGGGUAAGGUGUUUUCCAAGCCAUUUCUUGUCUUUAGGAACUUAGGAGGAGGAUACAAUAGAUAAAAUGGGGCCUUUUGUGCUUUUCCUGAUUUUUUUUUUUUUUAUUAUUUUUUUUAAUGCUUAUGUUUCCUAUGUUUCCAUGUUAGAAGUAACCUUUUUGUUUUAAUGAGCUGUUUCAUUGGUUUUUUUGGCCCAAAAAAGUCGUCACUACUGUUUCCAAUCAGUCCAGAUAAGAGUAAAGGCAAUUUCUUUUUUAGCUGAAGAGAAAAAUCAAUAAUAUGGUCUAUUCCAUUCUUCUUCACUUUUUGUUUUCCUCACUAUUAUUUUUUUUAGUUCAAGAGCCAAAAAUAUUUGUGACGUUGACUUUGCAUUCUUAUUUCUGUUAUUCAUUGCAAUUUCCCCUUUUUAAAAUAAGAAAACCAAUAUAAGCUCAUGUAUAAACUUAAAGACACAGAUUUUAUGAGUUAUAUAUAGCAUAAUUUUAAAAUAAGAAUUUUUGUAUGUAUUUCCAUCUGCUUUCUUCUUAUGUCUCUUGUUGACUUAUAUUUGAUUGUUUUCUAUUUUAUUUUUAUUGAAAUAUGUCAGAUGCCCAUUUGCUGCUUAUGCUGUACUGAGAGUGUACAAACUGAGUUAAGCACAUAGAUACAGGCCUCAUCUUUUGGGAAUUAAUGUAGUUCAAUAAGAACAGACAAAUGGAAGAUGAGAACAGAGACAUCUGUACAGAUAUCAAAUACAUAAAUAAAAUAUUCUGCAUCAACAA